AUGGUCCGCAUUCCGCUGCCAACCCGUCUCAAGUCAUUCAACAACGGCAGCACGAACCCCCCGAGAAGCUCGAGAAGCUCGAGUCCGAAUCCCGUCAGCAUGAAGAGGUCGACAGCGGCCACUGGAGAUGGCAGCUCCGAGGCCGCGAAGGGCACUGGCUUGAUGCUGAAGGUUGUCGUGCUGAAGGCCAGGAAUCUUGCAGCCAAAGACAAGAGCGGUACUUCCGACCCAUAUCUCGUUGUCACGCUCGGCGAUUCGAAGAACGCGACGCAAUCGGUCCCCAAGACCCUCAACCCAGAAUGGAACACCACGAUCCAGAUGCCCGUCAACAGCGCCAGCGCCCUCCUGCUCGACUGCGUGUGCUGGGACAAAGACCGUUUCGGAAAAGACUACCUGGGCGAAUUUGACCUGGCCCUCGAGGACAUCUUCACUCAGGACAGGACCGAGAUCGAGCCUCGAUGGUUUCCCCUUCGCAGCAAGAGGCCUGGAGGCAAGAAGAGCAGCAAUGUCAGUGGGGACGUGCAGCUGCAGUUCGCGCUGUAUGACUCGAGCAACCAUUCUGCGACCCCCGCACAAGUGCUGGAGAAGUUUAGGACCUUGGCUGGUCUGGGUGAUCUGGAGAACGCGGGCAUGCCCGCGGAUGGGGCGGAGGACGAUGACUUUCUGGAUGACGACGAUGAGGACCCAAGCGAUGAGACGGACGACCCGACGAAGCCCGAGAACGCGGAGAAGAGUCGCCGCAAGCUGCGCCUGAAAGGCUUGAGAAAGAAAAAACGGUUGAAUGGCUACGAGUUUACCGGUGGGAGUGAGGUGGUGGGUAUCGUGUUCUUAGAGAUCGGAAAGAUCACAGAUUUGCCUCCGGAACGCAACAUGACCCGGACUUCCUUCGAUAUGGAUCCGUUCGUGAUUGCUUCGUUGGGAAAGAAGACGUACAGAACCCGAGUUAUUAGGCACAAUUUGAACCCGGUAUUCAACGAAAAGAUGAUCUUCCAGGUGUUGAAGCACGAGCAGACGUACUCGCUCUCUUUCACCGUUGUGGAUAGGGACAAGCUGUCGGGAAACGACUUCAUUGCUGCGGCCGUACAUCCGCUCAAGGAUAUUACAGAUACGGCGCCCAGUGCCAGUCCAGAGACGGGUCUGUACGCGCUGAAGGAGCCGGUGGACCCAGCUGCCGUCCCGGUGCAACCCAACCGGUCUCGAUUCAAGAUCCCGCUGUCUCGCUCGUCGUCAUCGCAGAGCUUGAACAAGACGACAGUUGGGCCCCCUCUCAAAUCGCGAACCUCGGGCAAUAGUUUGUCAUCCAAUGGCGUGAACCCUAGCACUUCCACGCCUCUACCCAAUCCUGCUUCAACCAGCAAUCCCAAUCCCGGGGGACUCGCGCCUGGUGAUAACUCCCCGGCGCCAAACGCGGUGGACGACAAUGAGGGGUUUGAUGCAGCUGGGGACCCAGACUUGCACUCCUUCACUAUUCCUCUGAAGCUGAAGAAUGCCGAGAAAUGGGAAGAGAAGCACAGCCCACAGCUUCUCAUCAAGGCGAAAUAUGUGCCGUAUCCGGCACUUCGGCAACAAUUCUGGAGGGCUAUGUUGAGACAAUACGACACGGAUGAGAGUGGAUGUAUUAGCAAGGUUGAGCUUACGACUAUGCUCGAUACCCUUGGCUCCACCUUGAAGGAAUCGACCAUUGAUGGGUUCUUCAAGCGCUUCUCUCAUGCUGCAACAAGUGACGCCGAGGCCGAAGCAGAAAUAAGCUUCGAUGAGGCUGUCAUCUGUUUGGAGGAUCAGUUGAUCGAGAAGUCCAAGCCGACCAUGGGCGACAAGAUGAGAAGCCUAAUCCCAGAUUCUGCGGCAGUGAAGAGCCACAUUCCAACACAACUUGGAGGGGCUUCUGGCCAUACCCCAGCUUCGUCAUCUGUUUCCGGCACUGGCUCUUCUACGCCAGCUAACACUGAAUAUGCUGCUGCCAACCCAUCUCAGUUGAGUGUCGAGGUGCAAAGUGUGGAGGAGCUUGCUACACGUGGAGAGGAAGGAGACUAUUUGGACAGGGACGACUUGAAUGAUAAAGGCGAAGAGCAUGUUGUCGAGAUCCGAGAAUGCCCCAUCUGCCACCAACCUCGUCUCAACAAGCGCUCCGAUGCGGAUAUCGUCACUCACAUUGCGACUUGUGCUAGUCAAGAUUGGCGCCAGGUCAAUAACAUCGUCAUGGCAGGUUUCGUAACAUCCAGUCAAGCUCAGAGAAAGUGGUACUCGAAGGUCAUCACCAAAAUUUCAUAUGGAGGCUACAAGCUCGGUGCCAACUCCGCCAACAUCCUCGUGCAGGAUCGCAUCACAGGGCAGAUUAAUGAAGAGCGUAUGAGUGUCUAUGUGAGAUUGGGCAUCAGGCUGCUAUAUAAGGGACUGAAAUCUAAAGACAUGGAGAAGAAGAGAAGUACGUUUGGCAAAUAUUGCACAGUUACCAUCUCCACGUCCGAGGCGAAACCUAGUUUGACGAGUGCUAACCAAAGCGCAGUUCGGAAGCUUCUCCGCGGGCUCUCAUUCAAGCAAGGUGUCAAAUUUGACGAUCCAGCUUCGGCAAAGGAGAUUCAGAGUUUCAUCAACUUUCAUCAACUUGACAUGACUGAGGUCCUGCUCCCCAUAGAGAAGUUCAAGAGCUUCAACGAGUUCUUCUACCGUGCAUUGAAGCCCGGUGCUAGACCCUGCUCUGCUCCCGAUAACCCACGCAUCAUCGUCUCUCCCGCUGACUCCCGCUCUGUGGUCUUCAACCGCAUGGACGAGGCCACCCGGAUCUGGGUCAAGGGCCGCGAAUUCUCCAUCGAGAGACUCCUUGGUAACGCUUACCCCGACGACGCCAAGCGUUACAAAAACGGUGCUCUGGGGAUCUUCCGGCUCGCUCCCCAAGACUACCAUCGCUUCCACAUCCCUGUUGACGGUGUGAUGGGCACGCCAAAGACCAUCGAGGGUGAGUACUAUACCGUGAACCCCAUGGCUAUCCGUUCAGCGCUCGAUGUCUAUGGCGAGAACGUCAGGAUCGUCAUCCCAAUUGAUUCUGUCGCGCACGGUCGGGUCAUGGUGAUCUGCGUGGGUGCCAUGAUGGUCGGCAGCACAGUCAUCACGCGAAAGGCCGGCGAGAAUGUCAAGCGGGCUGAGGAGCUGGGCUACUUCAAGUUCGGUGGAAGCACGAUCUUGGUAUUGUUCGAGGAAAAUGUGAUGAGAUUCGAUGAUGAUUUAGUGGACAACAGUAACGGAGCUUUGGAGACUCUGCUCCGCGUUGGCAUGUCUAUUGGUCACCACCCCGGCCAAGGCCAAUACACCCCCGACAUGCGCAAGAAAGACGAAGACAUCACCGAGAGGGAGAAGGCUGAGGCGAAGCGCAGAAUUGAGGGCAGCAUCGCUCCUGAAGGCGGUAGUGGUAUGGCCCCGAUAGCUAGCAUGGCUGGGUAG